AUGGCCCGGCGCCUCCUUAUUUCCAGUUUUCGCCCGCCAAUAGAGUUCAAAGAUCCGAAUGCGUUUCGAUAUCGAAUCGCCGAUGAUGGAGAACGAGAGCUGAGCGGAACGAAGGGCCAAGUGAAUUACACGUAUACGUUUGACUACGAUCUGCAACGACUUGAAGAAUACAAAGUGACACUGUUCGCCGAGGAUGACCACUACUGUCACACAGACGACGCCACCACCUACUUCAACACCUCGGCCAUCGAACCGAUGUUACCACCUCGUGCAAUCACGAGAACCUCAUCUUCAUCGUUGGAGCGCAUCUCAGAAACACAAUCCAUUCCUCAAAAGUUCAACACUACCGCCGCUUGGCAUUCCAUCCUUGAAACGAACAUCCUCUAUCGCCAACCAAUCGAAUUCCGAACUCCACAAACCGAAGAGGAAUGGCUCAUUCCCAGUGAUGAUGUCAGCGUGGGCGGCGUGAUUGGAGAGGGUGCAUUUGGCCUGGUCUGUAAAGGCACGAUGAGUGGUCCGAAAGGAAUGGCCGUUCGGGUGGCGAUUAAACAGCUGAAAACGAAUGCCAUCGAUGAAGAACGCGAGGAAUUCCUACGCGAAAUGGAUAUCAUGAAACAGGUUGGUCGUCACCCAAACAUCGUGACGAUGUAUGGGCUCUGUGAAGAGCCGGAUUUUCAGUGUAUGGUGAUGGAAUAUGUGCCUUUUGGCGAUCUCAAGCACUAUUUGCAAAAUCUGCGCAAGCAGGUGAGCUCUGUGCUCUCUCGAAUUUCA